AUGAAUGAUACUCAAAAAUUCCUCAAGUUUUCUGAUUAUGUCUACAAUAUCAUUGAUAGAUGUCUCAUAGUCCAUAUUUUUAAGAAAAUAAUUCAGCAAGUGCCACCUUUCCUCCAGCAGCGGCCCCUUCAAAGGCUGAGCCAGCAGCAAAACCAACAACAGCACCACAAGUCCCAGCGGGUGCACCAGCAACAACGCAAGCACCAGCGGCCCCUGCGAAGACUGAGCCAGCAGCAAAACCAACAACAGCACCACAAGCCCCAGCGGGUGCACCAGCAACAACGCAAGCAGCAGCAACUACACCAGGAGCACCAGCAAAGCAAACAGCAGGGGCCCCAAGCUGCAAAGGACCAGAAACCAGAAGCACCUGAUUUAGAAGAACCACCCUCUGAGGAAACUGAACUAGCCAAAGAAGAAGCAGCUAAUGCCCUUAAAAUACAACUCAUAUGCAAUUUGUUAAAACAAUGCCCUCCAGGUGAAUUCAAGAAUGUUUUUGAAGACCUUCGCUUUCUGCUUUGUGAUGAUAAACUCAUAAAGGAAGAGGUUGCUCAGGUGUGUGCUAAUCAUUCCAAGAAACAUUUCACCACUGCAAACAUCAAAGGGGACUAUGUUCUGGUGACUCGCCAUAAUGACAUGGGAGGUGAUCGCUUCUUUGACCCACAGAUCAAGCUUUCCUUCACAUUCGAUUCCCUGAAUAGAAGAGCUGACAAGUUUCUGCUUUAUUGUAAUAUUAGGAGAGACAGGGCAGAAUUAUGGAGAGAAACCCUUAAUGAGAUCUUGGAAGCAUACAUGAAGAGGCAUUUCAUUUCAGGAGUUUGUCGGGUCUACAAAAAAACAAUUAGGAACAAACCAUUCCUUGUGGUCUGCAUGGAAAGCCACCAGAAUAAGAAAUCCUGGAACAUUCUCUGGAAAUCAGAAUGGAUAAUUGCAAUAACUCCACCUGUUUCAGAAGUCAGGGGGGACUUAAAAGUACAGCUGCAUUAUUUCAGAAAAGCUAAUCUUCACUGGACAGCCAGUAGUACAGCUGAAGGUUCCAUAUAUUUAAUUCAUCGGGACCAAUUUGCCUUGGAUUUUGAGAAAUUUAUUGAAGCUGAAGAUAACAAAUUUCAGAUGGAUCUGGUGAAAAGCCUCUACGAUUUGUCAAAUGAAACAUGGAGGGGCUUUCGGAGAAGGCUCCCAGUUACUCGCACUUCAAUCUCUUGGGAUAUACUGAUGAUGACUUAG